CCGCUGGAUAAAGCGGAGGAGGAGACGGCGGUCCGUGUGGUUUGAGCUCAGAAUCUCAGGACGGGAACAUGUGAGCGGGGAAUGGGCGACUGGAAACAGGAUUAUUGUUGUACACAGCAGAGAGACGCAGGAGGGGCCCGGGACAGGAGAUAAACGGGGACACUGUGACACAUACAAGGACCUUUUUUCACUUUUUGAUUUUUGCGCAUCAGUGAUAUUUGAGGAUUACCUGUUCCAAAGAUGAACACCAUCGUGUUUAACAAGCUGAGCAGCCAGGUCCUGUUUGAGGAGAAGGCGAAAGAAGUGGAAAUGAGCAGCAGAAAUUAUCUGGAAGUCAUCGACGGGCAACAUCCAGACCUCCUCUCCAGCAACCAGACCAUCAGAGACAACCAGGGCAUCAGACACAGACGGAGCGGAGGUCGUCCCAGCGGCGGCAAGGUGCGACACAAGCGUCAGGCUCUGCAGGACAUGGCGCGGCCGCUCAAACAGUGGCUCUACAAGCACCGAGACAACCCCUACCCCACCAAGACGGAGAAAAUCCUCCUGGCCCUUGGCUCACAAAUGACCCUGGUCCAGGUUUCAAACUGGUUCGCUAAUGCCAGGAGGCGACUGAAGAACACGGUGAGGCAGCCAGACCUGAGCUGGGCGCUGCGGAUUAAACUCUACAACAAAUAUGUGCAGGGCAACGCCGAGAGGCUGAGCGUCAGCAGUGAUGACAGCUGCUCAGAAGACGGGGACAACCCUCAGAGGGCACAGAGCAGCCCAGAGGAGCUCAACAAGCCGAUGUACCAGAGCGUGAUCAAGAAGGAGGGCUCCUCCAUGGUGGGCAUGGCCAUGGGCAUGGGCAUGGGCAUGGGGAUGGGAAUGGGUGCAGGGCUUCGUUCGGCCGCCGAAGCCGCUUCACUCGCUGAGGACUAUGUGUCUCCACCCAAGUACAAGAGCAGCCUGCUGCACCGCUACCUGAACGACUCGCUGCGCCAUGUCAUGGUAGCCAACGCCGUCAUGGACGCUCGCAAGAGGAACCACUCCGGCUCCUUUAGCUCCAACGAGUAUGACGACGAGCUGCUCUCGCCAUCCUCCUCUGAGGCCGAGGCAAACUUUGUUUAUCGGGCUGAAACCACAGAGCACGGAUCGAGUAAAUGUGACAACAGCAGCGGUGGCGUCGUAGCUGCGCAGAAGGAGAAGGUGAAGGGCAAAGACGAGACGUACUGGAGGGAGAUCAACGCCGCCAUGGCCUUGACCAACUUGGCGCAGGGGAAGGACAGCGCCUCCGGGACCACCAGCUGCAUCAUCCAGAAGUCGUCCCAUAUAGCAGAGAUCAAGACUGUGAAAGUGCCGCUGGUGCAGAAAUACUAGCUCCUGACGUCAUCCUACCAGCUCUCUAUGCAAAAACCUGCAAACAUUCCUGCUCUGGAGUCCAAAUAAACUCCCCCGCGCUGGGAAGAAGGAGAGAAAAACUCUCUUUAAAAGUGCAAAAAGAGGCCUUGACCAUCAUGUUUUUUUUGCUGGCUUGAUGUGUGACAGACAAGCGUUGAUGAUGCAGUAUUUCCAACAAAAAGACACUUUUGUAAUGUUAACUUAUUUUUGUGAUUAUUUUUUAUUUCUUCUUUUUUAUUCUACAAAAUUUGUACUUUGCCAAAGUGCCUUUCUUAUUUUUAGACUCUCCGACUGUGGUCAAUGCAAACUUCCAGAUGCUUUUGUGCCUCUUUUACAAAGAAAAGAGUCAUGAUUCAGGAGAUUUGUGAAUGAAACUCCUCCUUAAGAGUCAUCCUGUGCCUACAUGACUGAAUGAGCUCACUCUUGCAAACAUUAAUGAAGCACUCAAAGAACACACCCAGCAGUAUUUCCCUGAAGAUGCCUGUUUUGACUGGAGUCGUCAUUUUGACUGUAAACUGAACACUGUUUUGUCUGAGUCCGCCUCUUGUUGCUGGCAGGACAGCAAUGCCUAGAUAAGUUCCCAACAUUCGAUAAGCAGCCAGCUUGUCCACAUGUCGGCCUUGGAUUUCAUCAACCAGCGAAGGAUUUUCGGUACAGAAACGUGCACAAACGCUCAGCUGGACCCAGUGAAGUCACGUUCACUACGUAGAUCUUCUUAAGGCUCAGCUCGGUAUCUCUUAAACAGAAGAAUGCCAUGACCUAAAAGGGAUGUUUUCGCUUUGCAUUAUCAGUGUUUUUUCUCUGUUGCCUUCUCACAUGUUAGUGCUCAGAACAAGAUAGACUGGAGUGAAUGAGAAAAGCCACCCUUGCCGUUUGAUCCUCAGCCCUCUCAGCUGUUUAACAUUACAUUUAAAUUGCUGUUUACAAGAAGCCAGAGGAGACUUAAACGUUUGACUUUCUCCCUUUUUUUCUUGGUUUGUCUUCAAAAAUACAUUCCAGUAUUAUCUAUGUGUCGGCCAAGCAAGUGUUCAGAGUAUUUGUUUCUGUCAGUCUAUAUUUGUGAGGUCGUUUUUGUUUUUAAUCAGAACUUUUGUACUCGGUUUCACUCAACCAUGUGGCAUUAAGGGCUUCUUUCGUCAUCCAGUGGAAAGAAUCUCUUCUACAGAGUAGUCUUGUAUGGUGCAUAUGUUAGAAACGUUUGUAGCAAAGGAAGCCAAGUUUUGGGGAAAUGAAGUCGGACUUGUGGGAGAAGUGAAGUUGGCGCUCUGUGCUGACUUUUUAAUUUUAUGUAUAUCUUUAAGGUACUGUUUAUGUGUGUCAAAAUGUACACUCCUUCAUGAAUGGUGCAGUUUUUUUUAUUUUGAACUUGCUGCACAAAGAGACUUUUUUUACCCUUUCUGUGUCUUGAAUGUGCAAACUGUUUUUUAAAAUGAAGCUGCACUUGCAAUUGUGGUUUUUACCAGAAAACACAGCCUCCAUUUAGAAGUUUUAGUAAAAGUGAAAGAAAUGAAGGACAAGCCUGUAUUAUUCCUGUUAGCGUGCCUAUGGAUGUAUAAUGAAAUCAAUCGCACUAGCCAAUCCCCAGGCACUAUUUGCUUAUGCAGCGGGGGUUUUCAGGCUCCCACAUGUGUUUUUUAUACACCUGAUCCAGGCAGGGUAGCUGCAGGGUAGUGCCGGGCAGGCCGCCUUGUGUUUCUAAUCGCACCUCUGAACCUCUGGACCACUCAAGACCCUCACACCUCACACGAUACUGGCUCACUGGGAGAAGGAGCGAGGGAACGAGGCUCUAGAGACGACAGGGCGGCCUCUGUUGAUUCUACCUGCAGGAACCCCCCAACAACGACACUACGAGUACUAGCAGAGAGCCUCCUACAGCCCAGACUUUGGUACUGUACACGCCUUUCCCUCUACCAUUGCUGACAAAUGGGAAGUCACGGUAUGCAUUAAAGCCUAUAAAUUAUUACUACAGACUUUGUAAAAACAAAGAAAGUUUGUUUUUUAUUGUUAAGUUAUAUAAAUUGAGAUUUUUCUUUUUGUUUGUUUUGAUAGAGACUGGAUUUCCAAUCCAAUGACCAAAUGCAUAUCUCUUUGUUGCUCUCAUGUAAAAAUUCUUUUAUAAAAACAGAUGUUUCAUGGUCAAAGCAAUGAAUA